AUGAGCUCCUUGCUGUGGCUACUGGCCCUUCUUCCCAAGAGCCUUGGGGCAUCCACCUGUGACCGGCCGUCCAAAGAUGACGAGUCGGUGGCUGCAAAACCCAGCUGCCUCUUGAAUUCGGAUGAGUCGCGUGUGGCGCCCUUCUUCUUGGAAGAAGGCUCUCCGAAGCCAACUCCCUUGAGCGUGAUGGAGGAUGUGCAAUUCUUCACGAACCUGGCACCAACUGUCACAUCUGGCUGCCCAGUGGGAUGGUCUCCCAUUUUCCCUUUCCCAAAGUGGCUGCCUCGCAGCGGCCAAUACCGCUACCAAGCGCUCCCGGGGACUCUCCCCGAGAAGCUCCAGUACUUCGAAGCGUGCUUCCAGGAUCUUUCGCAUGCCCUCGCUGAAAUGAUUCCAGACACGAGCCGCAAACUAUCCUCAUGCAUUGCCUACGCGAGGAGGCUUUCCAAGCGUGAGGGGUAUGAGUGCGUGUCCGCUUCUCUUCAGCAAGCUCUGCUUACACUGAUUGCUGAUGUCAAGACGAGGCUUGGACCAGGUGAAAUGAAUGAAGAUGGGAACAAGAGACGUAAAAUAUGCUUGGUUCAAGAACUUGGCCUUGAACUGGAGUCUGUUGACCAGGCUGUAGGUGACUCCUUCUCUACACGACUUGGUGCGGUGUCCACCCAAGAUGGCAUCGCUCAAACGGAUGUUGAUAUCAUAACCAGACCUGUGUGUGAGCGCCUGAUGGCGGAGAUGGCGCGAAGCUGUGAAUCCAAGCUACUGCAAAUGGGACAGUUGCUGCAGAUUGAAAAGGCCCUUGUUCUGGAGCUUCGUGAACAGGUCCUUACCUUGGCUGUUUCAAACGAGACCGCUGCAAAGGAUGCAGUCUUGUGGAUACGGCCGAUUCUGCUGCUCAGUCUUGUGGAUGUGGCCGUUUCUGCUGCUCAGUUUGGGGAUGGUGUGCACGAGCCACUGCAAGAUGUUCUAUCCCUGUCGGAGAUCAAACAGGAGCACGCGCGGAAAAGGAUAGAGGCCAAG